AAGCGUUUUCCCCUCACCCAACGGACACAACCUCCCCCACCCGCUUCACCUGCGCACAAGUGCGCACGUUAGCUGUCUCCUCACACAAUUAUGUCCUUGAAAUGAAAUGCAUGCAUUUAUGAUGGUUUAGUUAGCGUUUUAGCAAUAGCAUAAGGUGUAUGGGGAAUGAGAAUGGAAAGGUAAUUAGCUAAACAGAGAGAGAGAGAGAGAGAGAGAGAGAAACACAGUACUCACUGAGUAGUGCCUUAAAUGGAUGUGUGGAAGCAGUGGUUCAGCUCUUUAUAGCCUGCCACAACAACAACUGUACCUCACUCUCUUUCUAUCUAUAUUAUCAUCACUCCCUGCUUUAUGCUUUCAUGCCAUUUGCACGAAACGUUUCGUUUCAAUUUUCUAUUAUCAAUCUACGAUCAGAUUUGGAUUCCAUUAUCGGUCCAAAUCGAUUACUAAUCCGAAUCCAAACCGGUGUGAAUCGAUUUCGAUCAUGUAUUGGUUUUAUUGUGUGAUGUGUUUUAACUGAACGAUGAAUCCACUCUGCUGCAUUGCUCCGGUUUCGAUCGAUCGGGACCGGACUAACCCUGUGGUGGCGAAAUCGCCGGCGCAGUGUCAGUUAGGGCUUGAUUCGUCUGUGAGAACAGUGAACUGCGGUUCUAAAUCGAGCCUCUCUACUCAGGCCUCGUCGCUUGUUACGGAUUCCGUUAAAUCCUCUGUUGCUGGUUUGAAUCACGAGGAGGAGGAGGAGCCGCGAGAUUCCAAAGUGUUCGCCGGCGGAAAUGGCGGCGGCGUCGCCGGCAGUGUGGCUGGGAUCUUGUAUAAGUGGGUGAAUUACGGGAAGGGUUGGAGGUCCAGGUGGUUUGUGCUGGAGGAUGGCGUGCUUUCGUAUUACAAGAUUCAUGGACCGGACAAGAUCCUGAUGAGUCCAGCUAGGGAUUGGAGUGUGAGGGUGAUCGGCGAAGAAUCAUCGAAGUAUGUGAAGAAGGCGAAUUGGAACCUCAAUCGAGUCUCUGCUGGAGGAGGAGGUAACAACAACACAAAGCAAUGCAAGCCCUUCGGUGAGAUACAUUUGAAGGUUUCUUCAGUUCGUUCCAGCAAGUCUGAUGAUAAGCGGCUUUCCAUAUUUACUGGGACAAAAACGCUUCACUUGCGGUGUGUAUCUAGAGAAGACAGAGCAAUGUGGAUUGAGGCCUUGCAGUCUGCAAAAGAUCUUUUUCCUAGAACUCUAACAAGUAGCGAUCUUGCUACUUCAGAAGAUAUUGUAGUUUCAACAGAGAAGCUGCGAUCACGGUUGUCACAGGAAGGCAUAAGUGAAGCAAUAAUUAAUGACUGUGAGUCUAUUAUGCUUUCUGAAGUCUCUUAUCUUCAGGGCAAGUUGAAGUUUCUUCAGCAGAAACAUGUUAUGUUGCUGGACACCUUAAAACAACUGGAGACAGAGAAAAUAGAGUUGGAAACUACUGUAGUGGAUGAAACAAAGGAACGUGAAUCAUAUUGUGGACAAGGGAAUAGAAGGUUUAGUGAUUUCUAUUCUGUCAUGUCGGAGGGCAGUGCUACUGAUUCAGUAGCAGAUAAUGAAAGUCAAGAGGGAGCAGAUGUUGAAACAGAUGAUGAAGAUAGAACGUACUUUGACACAAAUGAGUUUUUGUAUUCCGAUGCAUUAAGAAGUGCUUCCUAUCGAAGUAGGGAAGGUAUGAGCAAUGCCAGUAUAUAUGAUAAAGAUUAUAUUCUUUAUGAUGGUUUGCAUGGGUUUGAGAAGGAGAUCAAAGAUGUAAGUUAUCCUUAUGUCAAAAGAAGGGAUAACUUACCAGAGCCAAAAGAAAAAGAGAAACCAGUUGGCUUGUGGUCAAUUAUUAAAGACAAUAUUGGGAAGGAUCUUUCUGGAGUUUGUCUCCCUGUUUAUUUUAACGAACCACUCUCUUCAUUGCAAAAGUGUUUUGAAGACCUAGAGUAUUCAUACCUGGUUGAUAGAGCAUUGGAGUGGGGAAAGCAGGGGAAUGAUUUGAUGAGAAUCCUAAAUAUUGCAGCUUUUGCUGUGUCUAGCUAUGCGUCAACUGAAGGUCGACAGUGUAAACCUUUUAAUCCUCUACUUGGGGAGACUUACGAAGCUGACUAUCCAGAUAAAGGACUUAGGUUUUUUUCUGAGAAGGUUAGUCAUCAUCCAAUGAUUGUUGCUUGUCACUGUGAGGGAAGAGGAUGGAAGUUCUGGGCAGAUUCUAAUUUGAAAGGAAAAUUCUGGGGCCGUUCAAUCCAACUAGAUCCUGUGGGUGUCCUCACACUACAGUUUGAGGAUGGUGAAACAUUUCAGUGGAGCAAGGUUACCACUUCCAUAUACAAUAUCAUACUAGGUAAAAUUUAUUGUGACCACUAUGGUACCAUGCACAUCAAGGGCAGCGGCAACUAUUCUUGCAAACUGAAGUUCAAGGAGCAAUCUAUCAUAGACAGAAAUCCACAUCAGGUCCAUGGGUUUGUUCAAGACAACAGAACCGGAGAGAAAGUAGCAAUGUUAAUUGGGAAGUGGGAUGAAGCAAUGUACUAUGUACUUGGGGAUCCAACUAUCAAGCCAAAAGGUUAUGAUCCGAUGACAGAAGCUGCAUUAUUGUGGGAAAGAGACAACUAUGUAUCCAAGACAAGAUACAACCUCUCUCCCUUUGCAAUUUCCUUGAAUGAAAUAUUACCCGGUUUAAUAGAGAAGCUGCCCCCAACUGAUUCAAGGUUGAGACCAGAUCAAAGACAUUUAGAAAAUGGAGAAUAUGAGCUGGCAAACGCAGAGAAACUAAGACUUGAACAGUUGCAGAGACAGGCACGAAAGAUGCAGGAAAGAGGAUGGCAACCUAGAUGGUUUAAGAAGGAUGAGGAUGGUUGUUACCGAUAUUUAGGUGGCUAUUGGGAAGCAAGAGAAAGGAAUAAUUGGGAUGGAAUCCCUGAUAUAUUUGGACAGAGUUGUGAUUUACCUUCAUGUUCGGAAGAGACGGUAUAAUACUGGUUUUCCUCUUCACAGCGUCUUUUAUUAAAUGUGAAUUUGGAUGUAGGUUGUAAGUUAUAUAAAGAUCAUUCCAAAGUGUUAAUUUACUUUUAUUUUGGCCGAGCAUUUUUGGGCAUCUUUCAUUAAUAUCGGUAAGUAAUUUAUAAUUUAUGUUGAUGCUUAUCGAUUGUAUUUAGUUCACGAGUCUCUGUCAUCACCAGUCAUUAAUUCUUGACUAUGCAAAGAAUGGGUGAGAGAAUUGCAAUCAUCAGAAUCUGUCCAUGCGCUGAUAUUAUUGGUUAAACUUGCUCCUUUCCGGUCACCGGGCAUCACAGAAAAUGGCUCUUUUUCAUCAUUAUGAAGAGGGAAUCUAUUAGUGUUUUCAUUGCUAAAUUGUCCCGACUGUCGAUAUAUUCACUUAUUUAAUGUCCCACAAGAAAAAGAGACAAUAAAAACAUUUUU